UCACCGCGCAAGCAUCGUCCACUACUGCGUACGGGCCCGCUUCUGCCCCCCUUUCGACUGCACAAAGCACGACGCCUCGCGUGAUUAUGCGCCCUACGACGGCGGUUUCAUCUGGGACGGCGACGAACAUGAGUCCUGGCGUCGCCACAGCUGGCUCCAAUGCAGCCACCGUAGUCAAUUCGCAACCCUCGACCGCAUCGACCCCGCGGCCUGUAGCGGCUGCCAUCGCGCCACCUGCCCCCUCGGCUGGCCCGCGUGGUAUGGCGAGCGCUGGUGCCGUCGGUGGGCUAGCCGGUACGGCGUCUGGUGGUCGCGCCGCCGCAUCGGCUGCUCGUCCACACGUCGCGGCGUCUCAUGCACCUGGUGCUGUCCCGAUUCUGCAUGGCGCGUCUGCGGACUGGCUUCAGCACGUGCCGUGGGCGUCAGCUAACUCCAACUCCAUUCCUGUGUCCCACGCGCCUGCAUCCAAUCCUGCGUCCGUUGGCCCCCCUAGUGCGCAGACAGGAGGACCGGGCACCUAUCAGGCCGCAACGAGUGGUACUGCGCAGACUGAGAGAACUGGUACCGUGCAUGCCGCAGGACCUGGUACCGCACUACCCAGCUCGAGCGCCAACACCUGGCCGGGAAACCGAGUGGCGCCGGAAUCCAUGAUGCAGAGCUUGCAGUUCGCAUCGCGAAGCGCAGUGGAGUGGAUAGGGAGAGCGCAGUGGGCGGAGUCGAGACUCCUUAACGCUGCGCAACAACUCGAGGAGGCCCAGAGGCAGCACGCGCAGGCACGUUCCGGAGCGGCCAUGGAGAACGCCAAGCUUCGAGCGGAGAUCACCAAGGUUCGCGCGGAGGCAGAGGCGGAGAUCGCCAAGGUUCGCAAGGAGGCGGAGACGGAGAUCGCCCAGGUUCGCAAGGACGCGGAGACGGAUAUUGCCCAAGUUCGCUCGAAGGGCGAGGCGCAGGUCACCGACGUGCAUGCGUCCACGAACGCACGCCUGGAGGCCGCGAAUGAGGCGGUGCGCGCAGCGGAAGGGAGGGCAGCGGACGCCGAAGAGAAGGCUUCGAGUGCCGAGAGGAGAGCGAGGGACGCCGAGCGGAGAGCCGCGAAUGCGGAGGGUGCGGCGGAUCAAGUGCUGGAUCUCAUGGACGAGAUAGAGAAGUAUAAGGUGUGUGUGCGGAAGUUGGAGGAGAAGCUGGGGGAGCGGGAGCAGAAGCUGAAAGAGCGGGAGGAGAGGGUCAAGGCGCUCCUGGAGCAGAUGAAGGAGCUCGAAGACCAGGACGCUGUGCUACCACCGCGCACGAGGAAGAAGGUCAGGAUGUUAUGAACGUCUUAAAGUGGGAUGUAUAGAGCGGAUGCGAUUUCGUUUGGGGCUAUGUCAGGAUCGCCUAAGUGCAUGUGCAUGUCAGAACCGCCCGCGUACAUGUCAAGUUCGUAUGAUUAUCAGUUGACGCGUACCCAAGUAGCAGGCUGCUAUACACGCGCCCCAUUACGCGCAUGUUUGGUCAACAUGAGGCAGCGUACAAGAAUUGGCAUGCCAGUGGCUCGAUGGUCCUAUCUAUUGCUCUGGCUUUGCAUUCAUCCGCGAGUUUCUAGUCAUGAAUUCCUCCCUAUUCCACGCCUC